AUGGCAGAAUUAGGAUCCGACACGAUACACAGCGAGAGCCGGAUCUUCAUCACCGACGCAUAUACCCAUCCCGACUCUACCGGCGUUUCUUCUCAGCCUUUACAUCAUCGUAACAGCGUCACCUCUAUUAUGACAGCUUCAACAGAAUCCUCACCAACGACAACGAACUCGACAUUCGAUUCUCCCUUAAUAACCGACCCUUCUCCCUCGUCGUCGCCGGAAUCCGCGUCGUCCAGCCUGCCCAUGUUGCCUUUCAGAAACAGAAUGGUCAAGGAACCUCAACUGCAAUCGACAGAGUGUCAGGAAACUCGGCCAACUUCGCAGACGGGAACUUUUAAUGGCCAUGUAGGGAAGGCAGAAGUUGUGGUGGAGGCAACCAAAAAUGUCAAAAAUCUGUCUCUCAAUAUGGGAGGCGUAAUCCUGCCGCGCCCGGCGACCUCUCAUGGUUUCGAAUCCUCCCAUACUAUUUCAGCGCCGUCUUCGCCCUUGAAAGACACACCGAGAACAGGGAGGAGGAAGCCGGCCAAUCUUACCAUCAUGACCCCAGGUUUUCAACAACAGACAUUCUCUCGGACCAUAGAUGUGCCACCAACUCCCAGCUCCAGACCAGCAUUGCACCACAUACAUUCUUCCCCGGCUCUGGCGUCACUGGCUUCCCCCGGCAAACCUCCACCUCAAGGUCUCUUUCUCCCUCUGCCAGCUACUGGCAACGUCUAUUCAGGCCCAGGUUCCGAAUCCAGUAAUUCGAGCCAGUCUGCCGGCGGAGCACUCCCGGACCUGAAAGAGGAGGACGAAUUCCACCCGCAAAGAUCCCAGGAAACCCAAGAAAGGGGCUACCCCAAAGGACCCGUCCUGGUCUAUGACACUGGCCUCUACCUGUAUUUAGAGCCGACAGCGGAAGAAGCCAGCAGUUUCGAUACCGUGAUUAAUGUGGCCAAGGAGAUCAAUUGCCCCCUAGAUUUGGAAGCAUCAAGCCCGGACAUUCCAGAACCACAAACCGCGGUGUCAGAGAUGUCUUUUAAAUCAGCAUGGGAAUGGCCCAUGCCCCACGAUGUGCAGACACCGACCACGCCAAGGCAGACCGCCUUUUCUCCGAGAAAACAACCAGAAUACCUCCACAUCCCCUGGGAUCACAAUUCGGAAAUCUUGGAGGAUCUCUAUACAUUGUGUCGCUUGAUCGACGAAAGAAUCCAAGCGGGGAAAAGAGUGCUGGUCCAUUGCCAGCUGGGUGUGAGUCGAUCAGCCUCGCUAGUAAUCGCAUACGGCCUGUUCAAAGGGUACCGACCAGAUUUUCAUUCCAUGUACAUGACGGUCAAGCAACGAAGCGAGUGGGUUGGGCCGAAUAUGAGCCUGAUUUAUCAAUUGACAGAUUUCCGGUCGAAGGUGGUCAAGGGUGUAUAUGGAGACCAUUCCUACAACCCAUCUCCGAAUUGGUGGAAGAUGCAGCGACCAGAUCCUCCUAUCAUGGACACACCCAUCGCAACGCAGGCUCAGUGGAGGGCGAUCCCGCAUGCCAUCGAUCUCACCAGAAGACCAGCUGGCCCGAGUAAGGCUGACUGCCCCCCAACAGUAAAGGCUUGGCCGCCAUUGCGGACAAACAAGGUUCUUCCUCCUGUACCUUUAUUCCCCAAGAACGACGAGAAGGAAACUGUGACACCAGUCAACUCAACCCAGGUUCUGGACAAGAUCCCAACACAACCUCCAGACCCAGACGCAACUCUUACAGUGACCACUCCUGCCGAAUCAAGCAGUCGUCCGCAGAGCGUCUCACCAAGGCCUCUGCCGUUUCGUGAACGUUUUGACGAUGGCAUGGAACCCAUACAGUUGUCGCCCAGGGCCUCCAAGACACCGAGGCUAGGGAUAUUAACGAGCUCGCCCCAAAUGGACUUAGCCCUACAGGAAGUCCCGGGAAGCCCAGUCUUGUUCUCUCCCAGGGCAGUGGAGUUUAUGGCCUCAUCUUUUGGGAUCACUUCUGCAGGAGAUCUAGCUGUCAUGGACCCCGUGACCAAAUCGGGUCGAGGUCUUUUACAUUCACACCAAGCAAUGGCUCCCACAGCACUAGCGACAACCGAUCAAAUACCGACAGCUUUUGACCCGCGAAGUCCGCACCAGCAAGGUGAAAACGCGGAAAUUUUUAGAAACAUUGACGGGGUCUUGUGA